UAUCGCGAGAAACCGAAAAAUUAGUAGUUUUAAUUUUAGAACGAGGAAGAAAAAUAAAAAUGGAAACGAAAGGUAGAAAUGGGGUCCACUCCAGCAAGCGUAAGCAAUCACUGACCGACCGAGCUCUCUCCUCUCCUCAACGGCACACCUCAUUCUUCUUCAAAUCUCCGCCACCAAAAAUAUCAGAUUUUUUCUUACCAUGAUCUUGUAAAUUUGACCUGGAGAAACAAUGGCAAUGGCGGCAUUCUCCUCCCACAUCCCCACCCGCUCCCUCCAUUUCCAUACCCCCACUUACCACUCCCAUCAUCACCAACCCAUCACCCGCCGUAUCUCCACUACUCCCGCCACUCCCAGUUCGAAGCUCUACGCUUCCAAUCUCUCCCGGAGAAAACUUUCUUUCUACCCAUUUCUAACACCCUUCCUUUUCUCGUCCCCUGCUCGUGGCGGUGGCAUUGGAAGCGGCGGCCGUGGUGGAGGAGGAGAUGGUUCUGGCGGCGGGGGAGGCGGUGAUGACGCUGGAUCCCGGAACCAGGCCGAGUCUCUUCUCGCAUUGGCUGAGGCGGAUAGGACGCUGGAGAGCUUGCCCAAGGACUUGGCUGCUGCAAUUGAGGCAGGGAGGGUGCCGGGGGCUAUUGUGCGAAGGUUCUUUGAGCUUGAGAAGUCGCCAAUCCUCCGGUGGUUGCUUCAGUUUGGAGGAUUCAAGGAACGUCUGCUUGCUGAUGACUUGUUCUUGGCAAAGGUUGCAAUGGAGUGUGGCGUUGGUAUCUUUACCAAGACAGCUGCAGAGCUGGAAAAACGCAGAGAAAAUUUCAGCAAGGAACUGGAUUUUGUCUUCGCCGAUGUGGUAAUGGCCAUCAUAGCAGAUUUUAUGCUUGUGUGGCUUCCUGCACCAACUGUUGCUCUCCGUCCUCCCCUGGCAGUUAGUGCUGGAUCGAUUUCCACGUUCUUCUACAGCUGUCCUGACAAUGCCUUUCAGGUGGCUUUAGCUGGUACAUCGUAUUCACUUGUGCAGAGAUUAGGUGCAAUUGUGCGGAAUGGAGCGAAGCUCUUUCUGGUUGGGACUAGUGCAUCUCUGAUUGGUGUAGGUGUAACAAACACAUUGAUCAAUCUCCGGAAAGCGGUGGACAAAUCUUUCGCUGGUGAAGCAGAGGACAUGCCAAUACUAUCAACUAGUGCUGCCUACGGUGUCUAUAUGUCCGUCUCUAGCAACUUGAGGUACUCUUUCUAUAUCUCCGAUAUGACCAGCUUCAAGCAUUUCGGGCUGUGAACACGUUAUUCGCGUAAUCGUUCCUUUGACCGUUCAUGCUGUGCAGGUACCAAGUUCUAGCGGGGGUUAUAGAACAGCGAAUCCUGGAGCCUUUGCUGCAUGAGCAGAAGGUGUUACUGAGUGCAAUCUGCUUCGUGUUUCGAACCGGAAACACAUUCUUGGGAUCAUUGAUGUGGGUUGAUUAUGCUCGAUGGAUCGGGAUACAAAGACAACGUAAAUGAAGCCUAGGUUGAUCGUUAUGCGGCGAUAUUUAUUUGUUACGGAUUUCAUUUUGGAACUGUUUUUAGCAGUUGACAAUUACGUGCCGGAACCCUCUGAUCGAUGGGCUUUUGUUGUUUUCCUGCGGAAAUUGUAAAGUCAAGCGCAUGACUGACUUGUGAUAAAUUUCACCACUUGUAUCACCGGCUACUAUGAUCCUACGAUUAUGAUAAAUUUCUGUCACUUCCUAGAUCAUGGUAUAAUCUUUUUUACUAUCAUG